AGAUCCCAUCAAACAAGCUCUUUGAAAUGGAACAGUGUUUCUUCCUGAUUGACUUCCUUGUGGAAACUGAAGAUGAUGCUAUUGAUGUGGAGGAUGAUGAUGAUGAAGAUCCUGGACAGGGUAAUGAAGAUGAUGAUGUUGAUGAGGAUAAUGAGAUUGGAGAUGACUUCAAGACUAUGGACAAGGGAAAAAAUGAUGGAACCAACAGUAGGAUGGAGACAGAACCUUCCAUCCCUCCUGCUGGAAGAAGUGGUGCUAAUUCUGCUGUACAGCAGAACCUAGAGUCAUUUGUUCAGGGGAAGGUUUAUGGCAAGGAGCCUUGUGUUCUUGACAACAAUGCUCUGGUGCUAAGGAAUGCUGAGGAGAAUAUUGGAAAGAACCUCCUUCAACAUUUCGAUGAGGAGAGUGAUGAGGAAGCUGAAGUUGCUACACACAAGGGAGUUGAGUUGAUGAACAACAAUUCUACUCAUGUCAAGCCUCCUGUGGCAUGGAAGGAGAAGAAACAAUGGGGCCCUGUGCAAGCUACAAGGAUGAAUUCCAGGAUUCCAAGGGAUGGCAAAACUGUUAUUGAGAAGGCCCAAGAUCUCAAGAAGGCUAAAAACCUUGAAAUUCCUAAAGCUAAUCAGAGGAGGAGGAAGAAACAAAUUUGCCAGUUGCAAGGUGAUGAGGGUAUGGUGGAUGAUAACAAAGGGGAUGUGGAGACGCUUGGCUUGCAGCUGUGCUCAAUGGAAAAUCCUGCUGAAAGAAGAAGAAAAAGGAGAACUGAUGUCCAUGCUGAGCAAGCUGGAGGAUCUGGCCCGGAUGCCACCAAUGCUGUUGUGGCCGGAGCCUGGGUGACUCCACAGAAAAGAGCAAGGGCGACUCUGGAGGUCAGCGACAUGAACUGCUCGAGGGGCUUUGGUCCAAUGCUAAUCACUGCAGAAGACCUGGCGAGGACCCUGGAGGCCAACGACCUGAUCCUGGUGGGCGAUGGUGCAGGAUUCCAGGUCCUGGAUCGUCAGUAGGAGCGAGAGAAUUGGUGGUCUGAGGGUUCUUUGCUAAGCUCUUCUUUUUCUGAUGCUGUUUAUCUGGGUUUUCUCCUCUAGUGUGUUUCGUUUUGAUAUGUCAGUUAAUACUUUGGGCCUGUGUGCCGAUGUUGCAUGUAGUGAGGACUGAUGUGCUGUAAUGCUAAAACUCGUUGGAUGAUGUAGUUUGGUUUGGUUUCAAUAUAUUUGGAACCGGGGGUAUGCCCCUGUUUCUCUAAAAAAA